CCGGACUUCAUCUUGUAGUUACAACCACGAUGUCGGUUCGGGCAAGUUGAUGUCGAGUAGACCCUUAUUAACUCGCAGCCCUCCUCUCCUAGCUCCCAUCUAUCCCAUGAACAGGCUGUCGAAGAGGGAGGUGCACAAACUCCUCAAGCCGUGCCCUAGCAAGCAAGAAUGCUACCCACGAUGUCACUAGCAAUGCCAAGUUCAACAGCAUCCGGCAGUCCGGAUCUGGCCGGACUGGAAGCCGAGGCAGGGGUUAAACGAGGACGAGUGGACCGCCGCCUCCGCACGCGCCCUGCACUCCACCCAUCAUGUUUGUGGAAGCGGCACAACAUCGGCUCUUGGGGAUGAUGGUGGGACUGUAUAUGAAGUCUCCCACCCCGUGGGAGGGCACACAUACACAUGCACACCUACACGCACCGCGCCCCGGCACAACCUAAUCUUACCCCAACGCCUCCCUCCCCUAACCAUCGCCACCAUCGCCAACCAUGGCCACCCCCACUUCACCACCGUCGACGCAGAGCGCCGUCGUCGUCAAGCACGCUGGGAAGGAUUGGAAGAUGGAGGUCGACCACUCCUACCCGGUGCCGACCCUAGAGGCAGGCCAGGCCCUAGUCCGCCUGUCAUACACGGGCGUGUGCCACUCGGACCUAUCCGGCAUCAACGGCAGCUGGGACCGCAAGAUAACGUGCGACGUGCCGGGCCACGAGGGCGUCGGCCGCGUCCUAGCCUACCACCCGGACACCGACCCGACCACGGCGCCGGCGCUGGGUGCUCGGGUCGGCGUCCCGCUGAUCCGCCGGCCCUGCACCACAUGCUCCAUCUGCCUCCUGCCCGACGGCGAGGUCAUGUGUCCCAACACGGGCUUCCACGGCCUGCAGUGCAACGGCACCUACCAGCAGUACAUCGCCGUGUACGCCUCGUACCUGGUCCCGCUGCCCGAGGGGAAACCCGCCUCCACCUCCACCUCCCCCCAAGCCAUCGACGACGAUGCGCUCCUCGCCCCCGUCCUCUGCGGCGGCGUCACGGCCUACAAGGCGCUCAAGAAAUCCGGCGCGCGCGCCGGCGACUGGGUUGCCGUGGCGGGGGCGGGCGGCGGGCUGGGCAUCUUCGCGGUGCAGUACGCGGCGGCGAUGGGGAUGCGCGUGGUGGCCAUCGACGCGGGCGAGCAGAAGCGCGCCGCCACGCUGCGCCACGGCGCCGCGGCCUUUGUCGACUACCUCGACGGCGGCGUGGCGGCCAAGGUGCUGGAGAUCACGGGCGGCGAAGGCGCCAAGGCGGUGCUUGUGCUUGCGCCGGCGGAGAAGACGUAUAAUGAGGCGCUGAGCUAUGUCGCUUGCCAGGGGUGUGUUGUGUGUGUGGGCAUCCCUCAUGAGGAUGUUAGGAUGGCGGUCCCGCCUGGGCUGCUGAUGCACCGUGAUGUGUCUAUCCGCGGGUCUAUGGUCGGCACGCGGGCUGAUAUAGCUGAGGCGCUUGAUUACGUUGUCCGCGGGCUUGUCAAGCCGGACGUGGUGGUGCACGGGAUGGAAGACAUCGUCGACAUAUACAAGAGGAUGGAGAGGAACGAGGUUAUCGGCCGAGCUGUACUGAAGCUGUGACGGGGCUUCGCCGGGCCAUGCGUGGCCUGCAUGUGACGAGGAUGGCAGCGACCGAGCUCUCCGGCGAUGUCGUUGCGGGCUGGCCGCUGAAUGCAGAGGGUGGUUUUCAGGUUGGUUCUUCAGCUACGACUGAGGCUUUGGCAAGCUGGAGGCCCGGAAGGACAAGAUUGCCAGCAGCGAUUUGCCCAAGUUCAAACCCACUCUUUAGUGUAACAUUUCAGGAGAGCCUAUUCAAGCAGAUACCGUUGUGAAACUCGGGAUUCCAUGUCAGCUUCAAGGGUCACCAACCAUCUUAGACAAUUGCACCAACUCAGCAAAAUGUGAACUUUACUCUGAUUGAUUU